AUGAUGAAGCGAUAUGCUAGGGAGAAGUGGGCUCAUGUGGGUGCAGUUGAAGUGUAUGGAUUAGAGAGUGGGAUCUUCAUUUUUGACUUCCAGGAAGCGUCUCUGAGUCACCAAAUCCUGGACGAAGGGCCCUGGACCCUGGGAUCUCGCCCCUUGAUUCUCCGGCUGUGGUCUCCGGAGGUGUCUCUAAUCAAGAAGGAGGAAACAGCCCUCCCCAUUUGGGUGAGAUUAUAUGGUUUGAACCUGCAUUUUUGGGGUAACCGUUCAUUGGGCUGUAUUGCUAGUGUACUUGGCAAACUCAUUUGUAUUUAUCGUCAAACGUCAAUGCGGGAGCGCCUCUCUUUCGCUCGCUUCUGUGUUCUGGUGAGCGCAACUGAUGGUCUACAGGAUUCUAUUCCCAUCGUCCUAGAAGAUGCCAUUUCCAACGCUGAUCCUGAGGCUCCUAUUCCUCCUACGGGAGGGGUUACCAGUGCCGAUGGCGGGAAAGGGAAUGGGAGACGUCGUAACCGAGGGAAGGCCUCUAAGGUGGCGCCACCUUCCUCCACCCGAGAGCAGCUGCGCCACCCUCUUGCGAUGGAUAUGGAAGAUUCUCCUGUUUUGGAAGGUGAGAAUAAUCACAUCCCUAUUGACGCCGCUUUUGUAGGCAUAACUGAACCUCACCAGCCCGGUUUGGAAGGAGAAAAUAGUGCUACUAUCCCUGUUAUGGAAGCUUUGGAUUUGCCCAAGGAUUCUGGUUGCGAUGUUAUGGAAAUUCCCCACCCUUUGGAUUCUCUUGGUGAAGGAUCAAACGAAGACGCAAGUCACACUAGAUACCAUGCAAAUGGGGGUGGUACCGGUUCCAACUCGGCUAGCACUGUUAAGACCAGGGAUGACAUGGCACGGAAGAGUAACACCCGUGGGUCGAAGGUUGGAGCUAAGGGGGGGAAGCAGAAGACACUGGCACCUACUGGAGGUGGUAAUCGUUUCGCCAUCCUCACCAACCCCAUGUUCACAGAAGUAAAUGAUGACACAAAAGGUUUGCAUGAUGGCAGAAUUAGAGAGCAUAGCCCAGCUAAGGGGAGACCACUGCAGGACUCCCCCUCCCCAGCUUUCAAAUGA